AUGUCGGCAAUGCUGACAGAGGUGGAAGAUGUCAGUGGAAAAUGCUCGCGGCAGUACCACGACAAGAAGGGCGUACGGAUGGCCCAGUUCGUUGUGGGGGACUAUGUCCUCUACCAGGACGCCUGGGCGUACUUGCUCGGGAAAAACUGGGUGUAUGACGUCGAGAACCAGCUGACUCAUGACGUCCGCCCCAUCCACGCCAGCCGCCUAAAGUUCUACGCGGACUGUGACUUGGACGUGAUAUUCGAGCUGCUCGACCAAGUCACCCACAACUCAGAAGAGUUCGACAUAAAGGCCAUGGUGGACGCGCGGUGCAUUCCCACGACCAAGGUGUGCGAGCUGUUGAUCAAGUGGCGCCGACUCCAAGACGUAGAGAACAUGUGGGAGCCAGCCGACAACAUAUUCACCGAUGUGCCCGUGAUGUUCAAGGCGUUCUGUAAGGCGGCCAAUGAUGGACGUCAGUACACACAAGACACCACGUUUAAAGACGUCCGCGUGCAGCUCAUGAAGGCAUUCGAGGACUUGACUCCAAGCAGCAUCAAGGGCUGCAUACACAAGGCCGACAGGCAACUCAACAAGCUUGCUGCGUACAACAAAGAGCAACACGAAGGCGAUGCGAGUGAUAGCGACAGCGACUGCAGCGACAACAGCAGCAGCAGUAACGACUCAAGUAGUUCAGAAUCAGUGAUGUAA